AUGAAAGCUCAAGCUCUGGUAGAUCACCUGGCUGCAAACCCUGUUGAUGAUGAAUAUCAGUCUUUGAGUACUUACUUUCCGGACGAGGAAGUAAACUCAGUUGUGGUAAUUUCGGAAGACACCAAUGCUUGGAAAAUGUUCUUCGAUGGAGCGGUGAACGCAAAAGGUGUCAGGAUUGGGGCAACUCUAAUCUCACCCACUGGUCAGCACUAUCCAGCCACAGCCCGACUUCGGUUUUUCCGCAGAAACAACACUGCCGAGUGUGAAGCCUGCAUUGUGGGCAUGAAUAUGGCAAUUGAUCAAGAUGUGAAAGAAUUGGUAAUCAUUGGAGAUUCAGAUCUGAUCAUCCGACAGGCUCAGGGAGAAUGGGAAACUCGGGAUGUCAAACUUAUACCAUACAGGCAACAUGUGAAAGAUCUUAGCAAACGGUUCAAAUCCGUUAAGUUUAGGUGCAUGCCUAGAAACUCAACGAGAACUAGUGAAGUAUUCGAAGCUCUAUCAAAUCCCGAAAAAGUUUUUAAGGCCUUGAACUGGGCCAACCUGAAAAGCAGACAGCAACAAACAAUUGAACAAUCCGAACCGAACAUGGGAGAUCACUAA